UGGAUUGCUGGAUCGAUCCGGAGAAUCACGGGCACUGCAGCUGGCUUAGUGCAGUCCACCCGUGGUUGACUUGGGUUCAGAGCUACUUUCCAUUGUUUCAACUGUGGACAUGUGAGUACUUGUUGCCGUUGGUGCGGCUGCUGGGAUGGGGAUUGCUCCGCUAUGUUGUUGCCAUUUUGCGCUGUGACCAGGAUUGACAGAGAUUUGGUGUGCGACAUUUGGAUUGCGAGCAAUAGUGUAAGCGAAGGAUCAUGAAGUCGAAGAUCACUGUCGUCGCUGCUACGGCCGUGACGAUCACUCUAUUGUUUUUGUCUUAUUUGUUACUCUGCUACCAGCCGUCAGCAAACCAAAUCCUGUGCGGAAUUUCCAACCUCGUUGCAGGCAAUGAUUUGGUCUAUCAGACGUACACAGUGUCGGAGCAGAGCGAUGCGUCGCAGUCGACCGUUGACGACGAAGCGGGCUCUAAUGCCUCAGAAACAGGCACGGACGUUUUAGAGGCGAGCUCAGGCUUUAAAGAAGAGAGUGAGGACGCUGCCUUGAGAACAAUGUUAGCCACCGCCUCGACGCCGGACAAGACAGUCAUAAUCACUACAUUAAACCAAGCGUGGGCGGCGAAGAACACCAUGAUUGACAUAUUUCUGGAAAGUUUCCACAAGGGCGAGAACAUCCAGUUUCUCCUGAAUCACUUAGUCAUCGUGGCGCUCGAUCAAACGUCCUAUGAUCGCUGCCAAGAACUCCACAAUCACUGCUUGAUGCUGAAGACGAAGGGCGUCGAUUUCAGUGGCAACAAGGGGUUCAUGAGCAAGGACUUUUUGAAAAUGAUGUGGAGGCGCAUGCGAUUGUUGCGGACUAUCCUGGAGAUGGGAUACAACUUCGUUUUCACCGACGCAGAUAUCCUAUGGUUUCGAAACCCAUUUGAGCGGUUUGCGAACAAUACUGAUUUCCAGAUUUCUUCCGACAAGAACCGAGGUAAUGCCUGGUCGCUGCGAAAUAAGCCCAAUUGCGGCUUCCAGUAUGCCCGAUCGAAUGAGCGCACCAUUGCGAUGUACAGGCACUGGUGCAAAGGCGGAGACGAUAAUCCGGACAUCGACGAGCAGUCGCUGCUGACCGUGAUGCUUAAAGGUCAAGAUUUUGCCGCUUUCAAAGUCGAAGUUAGGUUCUUGCAAACUGACUAUUUCUCGGGCUUCUGCCAGCAGAAAAGUAAGAACAUAUCGAAAGUCGUAACCAUGCACGCAAAUUGCUGUACGGGCUUGAACAACAAGGUCCAGGACCUGCGACUGGCAUUAAAUGACUGGGAAGGCAGGGCGUCUCUUCCUCCGACGGUGAACGCUUCUGAUCUAUGGCGGGUCCCGAAAGCAUGCCGCCAUUCCGUAUUUCCAAGCCCUCCUCCUCCUCCGCAGCUGAUCGACCCCUCCGAAAACCUAGAGGGAUAAAUCCUUAACUGGGGCAGCAAUGCUUACUCCAUUUCGUAAUGCGACACCAGAGAUCUAGGUCUCGGAGAGUCGACAUCAGCAGCAGAAGAUCAUUGGGUAGUGUACAGAAAACAUCCAACGACCACGUUGGUAAUGUAUUCAUGUCCCUUAGGUCACCGAUCGUGAAAAUCUGCCACUAGCAAAGUUGCCAGAUCAGACUGGCACCGCCGAAUGAAACCCACCAGUCAUACGCCGCAACAUGGCGAUGUAGAGUUCGCAUGGAUCGGAGCAUAGAUCGACACCUGGGUUGCAUUAUUAUUUUGUGUGUACAUUAGAAGCGGUGGCGAUCGUCAUCGCUCCACCAUUGAUGUACUCUGUCAUUACGCGCCUGCACUGGAGCUUGUUGCGGUGACUGCAUUCUGGUCGCCUGGAAUUAAGCGUCGAACCGGUGUUGCUUACAUCAGAACUCCUGGUAGACAUGUGAUUUUUCUCGAUCCUGGGAUCUUCCUGUGACGCUUUUAUGAUGGUUAUCAAGCUUGGCGAUUCUAGAUGAAUGGACGUUUCGGCAACUGGAACCGGCGUUGUCGUCUAGAGUCGCCGGGAUAGUAACUCCUCGCAUGUGCGUAAUCAACGCCGCGAACGACCUGCAGACUUUGCAGAUACAAUUACAUGCUUUCUGGAAAAUCCAUGCAGUCUAGUUAAUUACAAUUUAAUAAAUAGAUACAUGGAUUUUUUACAAAAAUUGCAAAAUAGACUAUAAUAAAAUUGAAAGAGUCGGGUUUUUGAUU